AUGGCAGAUGCGCAGCUCGCGUACCAUUUGAGUCUUCUCCAAAACGGCAGAGAUGUCGAUCAAAGGGAUGAGACAGCUUUGGCACCCAUCUUCAUGGGAUCCCUUCUUCGUCAAACCAACCCAAUUCCAGCACAAUAUGGCCUGCUAGCAGGUUUGAAGCGCAUACAUCACCCGGAAUUUGCGAAUACCGGAAACGGGGAAAUUGAAAAUGACUCCCGAACAUUUUUUAAUAUCGCCUCGCCAAUGAGCCGACUUUCAAACCCUCUGACGGCUGUUGUUUUUCAUUAUGAUACCUUCAUAUGUGAUACUGGGGGCUCUCCGUGCGAAGCGGCUUUCCUGUCGUCACAUCCUGGAAUUACGGUCAGAGUUCUCUGUGCGCCCACGAAUCUUCAAACGAUCAAGAUGACAUACUCUAGAUUCAACAUUGAGGUUGAACCUUUGCAAAUUGAUCAAAGCAGCCUGAAUACUAAACGUAUGCUUGAUCUUAUGGCAGUAGGCCAAGAAAAAGGACCCAUACCGCUAUACGUGCAUACUGUACUGCGUAUUCUGCGAGAGAUGCGCUUGUUGCAGCAAGAGGAUGGCUCUCGAUUUGACUACCACAUGUUCAAGAAGAAGAUUCUGGCCGCUGAUUUACUUCCAAGCCAGCUUGAUCCCUUGAUGCAAAGACUAGAAACACUUGAAAGUUUCAUGCCUCGCCAACAGCCAUCUCUGCUCACGAUUGUCGACCUUUCCUGCCCAUGUAUUACUCCAGAAACAGCCUGUUCACUUUUCAACGUCUGUUUCGAAAUUUUCAUGGAGCAGGAUACCAAUGUUGGCCGAGUAGUUGCGCUCGACGAAGCGCACAAGUCACGAUUGUACACAAAUUCUCAUCACCAGCCUGGUUACGCGCUUUACAAGGUCAUGUGGCUGCCGCGGCCUUGGGAACUCAGUCAGGAGGGCACACACAACGCAAUUGUUGACCUGAACGUGGGAGAGGCUUUAUUGUUUGCGCCAGGAGCUAUCUUAGAGAACAAAACCGACGAAACCAAUUCGCAGAGGCUGCGCAGGUUGGGCGCGGGCUAUAUGGUCGUGAAGAUUCGAAAAAGAUUGACUGAGGAUGGCGGGCAAAGCGUUCUAAGUGCCUGA